AGGAACGACAGCCAAAAAUCAGGAGAGGAAGGACAAGAAGACAAGGCGAGAACAGAAAAGAAGGAAAGAUGGCUCGCCGAUCCCAGGGUACCAAACUCCACUUAGCAGUUCUGUGUCUAGUUGUGUCCUGUCAUGCCAUUGGCCUUAGUGACCUAAUGGAGAGAGCUUCCCAGCGAUCAGACAAGCUUCACUCACUCAGCACUUCCCUCACCAAGGACCUGGACUCUCACUUCCCACCAAUGGGACGAGUGAUGAUGCCACGCCCGUCUAUGUGUCACACCUCCUCACUCCAGACACCCAAGGACAAGGAGCAAGCACUCAAAGUAUCGGAGAAUGAGCUGAUCUCCCUGGCUCGCUCCCUCCUCCUGGCCUGGAACGAUCCCCUGCUGCUGCUCUCCUCGGAGGCGCCCACUCUGCCACACCCCUCCAAUGGCGACAUCAGCAGUAAGAUCAGGGAACUGCAGGACUACUCCAAGAGCCUGGGAGAUGGACUGGACAUAAUGGUCAACAAGAUGGGCCCCUCCUCCCAGUACAUUUCUUCAAUCCCCUUCAAGGGUGGAGACCUUGGCAAUGACAAGACCUCCCGCCUCAUCAACUUCCACUUCCUCAUGUCCUGCUUCCGCAGGGACUCCCACAAAAUCGACAGUUUCCUCAAGGUCCUUCGAUGCCGGGCUACCAAAAUGCGACCAGAAACAUGUUAGGAGAAAAUGGCAGGCAUUUUGGUUCUGGAUUGUUCCAUUUUCAAACUGAUACAGAGUCCAAAUGGGGUAGCCAUUUGAAGGAGAAUUCAGGGGAUUGUUUGUUGAGUUUGAUUUUGUGACAUGACUAAUGCUGCCAUCUACAUUACAUUUGGAAUAUUCAUAGACUAUACAUUGUAUUCAACCUGUCAUCUGAACCACAUUUUACCAGUGUAAUAUACAACUUAAGGUUUUAUUAUUGUUUAAGUUCUGUAAUGCAUUUCAUCAACAAUAUGCAACCUAAUAUUGGCACUUAUAAUCAUUGAAUAAUCAUAUUCAAUGAUUUACAUAGAUAACACAAAGGAUCCCUCCAAGUCAUUCUUAGUAGAUACAGAGGGCUAUGUGGAUAGUUGACCAAUGACCAUCAUGAUAACAUUUGCAUUUUAGAACAUGAUUUCUCAAGUCACUUAUAGAACUUCCCUUAUACUAUACACAAUGUACUGUUUCACUAAAUACCAAAUAAAACUCUUUAUUGCAUUAUAAAA